CGCGUUCAUUACUUGCGCUAUCAUGAAAUCAUCAUUUUGUUUCAAUACUAUUCACUGCACUAUUUUUUAGCUUUAACGCUUGUUAGCUUGAUUGCCGCUUCAAGAAAAAAUUUGAACAAGCGAUUUGUUUUUCCUGAGGUUUUGUAUGAAAAUUUUCCCGCGAAACUUCCCGGGAACUAUGUUACAGCUUGAAAUUGUCAACUUAUGUUUCCGCGCGUUUCAUAGUUUUUCAGUUUUGGAGGUUUUGUAGAAGGCACACGAUAUCUUAUUAAUAAAAAAUAGCAGUUACACUGAAUUUCGUGAUUUUUACUCUGCUCUGUAAAAUGUAAUCUGUUCACAGMCUACUAUGGUCGCUUUGCCCGAGGGUAAAACAGGCCUCAUAAAACAAUCUGUGGGGUGGUAUAUUGUAACGAUUCUCAGCUGGCCUUACCAGUCUUUCGUCGCAAGCCUGUUUUUUUUUUCAAUACCCACAGUCUGUCAUCUAUGAAGCAGCGCUUCUUAGCCAGUUAAAAGGCAUAGGCUAGUGAGAAACUGUACAGGUGAUAGAUCUCAAUUGUCUUGAGCGACCAUAACAUUGCCAUACAUACGAUAUUCAUUAAUCAUUUAUCGAUUCAUCAAAUAAUCUGAGCAUGUUCCAAGAUGGCGUCCGUCUCGGCAGUAAAUUCGCAAGCCACUGCCCUGUUCAACAGUAGUCAUUCCUCGGCGAACAAGAACCAAACAGGAGGAUUUGAUGCAGAUUUCGUCAGCCCUGUACAUGUAGACUAUCAAUGCCCGAUAUGCCAGUUAGCUUUUCGAGAGCCGGUUCAAACGCGCGAUUGUGGCCACCGAUUCUGUGAGUCGUGUUUGGAGCCGAUUUUGAGGAAACCUCCUUCACUGUGUCCUAUAGAUAGACGUAAUAUUUCGAGAGAUAAGGUAUAUCCAGAUAAAGCAUGCAAAAGAACCGUCCUGUCACUACCUGUAAAAUGUUAUAACAGUGGCACUGAGUGUUAUUGGACUGGUGAACUUGGAAACCUUCCAGCACAUAUGGAAGCAUGCCGGAGGGUUCCUAUCAAAUGUGUUAAUAACUGUGGAAGGACUGAUAUUCCUAGGGAAGAGAUGUCUGCUCAUAUAGAUGUGGAAGGGGAAUGUCCUCUUGCAGUGAUACCUUGUAAAUAUCAUGACAUAGGCUGUAAAGUAAAGAUAAAAAGAAAUGAAUUGGAGAGACAUCAGGAAGAACACAUAGCAAUACAUCUAGAUUUAGCCCAUAUUAGGAUACGAGAAUUAGAACAACGACAGGAGAAAAUUUGUACCAAUGGCAAGUUCUUAUGGAAAAUAUCCAACUAUGCACAACUAUACCAACAGUCAGCUACUAAAAAAGAAAAAGAAAAGCUGUGUAGUCCAGCAUUUUACUCUGGUCAGUAUGGAUACAAGCUACGAGCWGAAGCCUUCUUGAAUGGCCUGGGACAAGGGAAGGGAACCCAUCUUUCACUAUAUGUAGUCAUAAUGAAAGGGGACUACGACUCUGUGCUUCCAUGGCCUUUUCAACAGCGUGUGGACUUUGUACUAAUAGAUCAAGAGGAUGAUAUAAACAAUCGUCAAAACAAAUCAUGGAGAUUAAGUUGUGACCGAAACAGUGACUAUUUUGGAAAACCUAAUAAAGCCAAGAGUUUAGGAUUUGGGUGUCCAAAGUUUGUCUCUCAGGAGACUUUAAAAACAAGAAAUUAUAUUCGAGAUAAUACAGUAUUUAUAAUGAUAGAAGUUGAACCAUUGGACAUGUAAGUAUUUUAGAUGGUCACGUGUAUGAUUAUUUGUUUGGUUACCGAUUUAUUCAUACCUUUGUAAGAUGGCAUUUAACUUGAUAUUUUCUCCUUACUUUUCUCCAGUCUAGAGUAAGGAWGGAUAAGCAUUUGAGCCUAAUGUAUUUGCUUUUAUAGGUGUAAUAAUUAGUGUAAAAAUCUUGUUUAAGAGAAUCAAAUAAUGAACCUUUUCACCUUUGUCCUUUUUGUCCCCUUUCACAUUUGUUCUGGUAAAGAUGAAGUUAAUGUUGGAAGUGGGGAAAUGUAACCCAGAAGCAAGCUACUGUAUGAGCAGUAUUCUCAGGCAUAUUCUUGUUAUUUUAUGUUAAUGACUAAUUAUUAGCUAUACUGACUCUCUAUUGGAAAUAGAAUUAUUGGAAAUGAUCCUAGAUAAAGUUUAAACUUACGGUGUAGUACUAGUACUGCUGGUCAUUGAUUGACAGAUGGUUGCUUUCAUUGAAUAAGUCAAUGAAUUUCAACAGCAAUAAAAAUCAGGUUCUUGGCCACAGGAAGCUAGAGAUCUUGUUUUAGAGAUUCAAACUUCCAGCAACCCAAGAGAUAAUAGGCGCAGAACUGAUUGUUUUUAAAAGCUUUUAAGGAUUAGUGGUGCAAAUUUCUCUUGGGAAUUACAUAGGAAACUUCAUUGUAUAUACUCAUAUUUUUGUAUAUUUUACGCUAGUCUACUUUAUUAUACUUUAAGAUUGUCUAUCAUGCAAUAUUUCUCAUGAUGUCCUUCUAUUUAUUUUAUUAAUACAAACRUCAAUUGUUGGAGGAAAAUCAUGCAAUCAGUGCAUCAGUUUUGGUCAAUGUGAAAGACUUCUAGAUUAUGAUAUUAUUCUCAGAAACACAGAUCCUUGAAUUGGCAUGAUAGUUGUAAUAUAAUUAUGAUAAAUGUAAUKAGUGCAGUGCUCUGGACCAGCAGCCAAAAUACAGAUUAUGAAAUAAGUGAAGUACAGUUUUAUGUUAUUUAUUCAUUAUGAAUAAAUACAUUUCUAAUUGUCAACAGUACAAUUAAAUUCUUUAAAGAAGAUUGCAUUGCAAUAGCAUGCUAUGCAAUUUACAUUUCAUUGAUCUGUGUUUCAAUGAAAUUUGUGCAUUUUUUUUUCUUCUCUAGUUUGUUGCACCUUAAAUUAUUAUCUUCUGUUUUCAGGGUAUGAAACUAUAGUGAAGGUUUGGCUAAUAUUGAAUAGCUCUCUGUUUAUCAGCCUUUGUUUUCCCUAUUUAAUCAAACAGAAAUCCCAAGGMACAACAAUAUACAGGCUACUGUUUUCAGAAAACAUUUUUAUUCAUUUGGCAACUGGAUUGUUUUCAGUAUUUUCAAGUUUUUCUGUAUUGCUAGCAGGUUUUGUAAAAAUUGUCUGUUCCUUGUUAAGGUUUCUUGUGCUCUAUCCAAUAAUUGUCAGAGUUGUGUUAAAUAUGAUAAUAUUGUUGCUGCCUACAUGGAGAAAGAGUUCUUAUAUAGAUCUAUACUAUAAUUAUAUUAAUGGUUAGGGAAAGUUUAUAUUUUUCAUUUAAUUAUGUUUGCUUGUUGUUGUAACUGGAAAUAAUUUGAAGAGGUAGCAUGUUGUAGCCUGAUUUUCAGAUGGACCUCGGAUUGAUGCUAAUGCUUUAUCCUAUUUAGAUUGAGUUUUGGGAGGAAAGCGUUUAGCAUUGGACGCAGUCCUAUCUGAAAAUCAGACUAGUCAUAUGUGGUUGGCUAUGAAUCCAAACCCUGCAAUAGAAAAGAGACUUGUAGAGUGCAUGCCACAAUAUACUGUCAAUCCCGUUAAUGUUAAGUCUAAAAUCAUUUGCAUAAUAUUUAGAUCCCAGGUUUAGAUUUUUAUUUUAUUUUUUUAUAUUCAUAUUAUUGUACUUGCUUGGGAAUUUUGAAAAUACCUUUAUGCAAUUGUCAGACUUUGUUUCUGUCUAAGCAAGAGCAACUUUAAUGGGAUUGACUGUACAGUAGUUUCAUUAACCCAUGAAAUACAAUUCAGCAUACUAUACUCUAAUUCUCUUUAUUGUGCUCUUGCCUGUGUAGUAGCCMUAAGGGGAUAUUGUGGAGGGCCGAGUAGGGACACUAUGCAGGGUAUUGUGCUCACUUUCAUGGGUUGAUAAAAAAAAACAUCUGUGAAAUAACCUGCUUUUACUAGAUAUUGCAGAAGAUAAUGAUAACACUAGAAAUGCAUUAACUAUUUACUAGUUAUCUGCAAAGUAAGUAUUAGUAUAUUUGAAUGAAAAUUCAAAGUGUACUACACUAUAGUAAGGUCAGUAAGUGUUAUCAUAUCAAUAUCAUAUCAUUGAUAAGAGGUUCUUUCACAAGAUAUGUUGAAUCCACUCUAAAUCCUCAACAACAAAAUAACAUGGAAAUUAUGUUAUAAUUGAAAAAUAAAAGGCCAAUAAGUUAAAA